UCGAGUAAAUUUUCGUGAAAUUAUACAAUUUAUCAAAUUUCAUCUUAAUAGAUGGAAACUUUAUUACACGUAAGACACCCGGUCAAAUACUGUUUGCAUGUUUGCCACGUAUCGCUCCGUCGGACCCCACCGCAAAGAAAACGGACACGAAUCCGAAAUGGCUAAACGGACCCUCCUAUACCUACAGUGUACAAAGGGCAAUCUGCGAUCAGAUGAAGGGCAAUUAUGACAAUUCAUCCACCCUGUACUACACUUUCCCCGAAUUCCUUCCGGUUGAGCGCCACUUGACGUCCACGUUAUCCCCAAAUUGGUAAAAAAAUGUAAAAACCGCAACGCAACGAAAGUUCGAAUUGAACUGCUGUCCUCCACUAACCCACCCACGCAGCUACUACAAAUUCCCCUCCUCCUCUUCCCUUCUUCUACAAAAGGAGUUAAACCCUUCUCAUGCCUUCUCCAGUUUCUUUAUAAAUACCUUGUUCGCCAUUUGUUUUGCUUAUUCGAUCUGUGGUUUGCUUUCGCGUCUGAUACUCUGCUUCAUCAUAUCCCAGUUGAUCUGUGUUUUUGUUGUCCCUCUCUGGGUCUGGUUUUAAAAUGUGUGGCGGUGCGAUAAUUGCUGAUUUCAUACCGCGCAACCGCGGUGCGCGCCUUAUAUCUGCAUCCGACCUCUGGCCUAAUGCUGCCUUCGCUGCUAAGGCCGAUUCGUUUGAUCAGUCGAAUUUCGGCGGAGAAGCUCCAGCCGCCAAAAGGACUCAACCCUCCUCAGGUGAUGAGCAUGUGCAGAAGCCGGCUAAGAGGCCGCGGAAGAACUUGUACAGGGGGAUCAGGCAACGCCCCUGGGGCAAAUGGGCUGCUGAGAUUCGAGAUCCCAGGAAAGGGGUCAGGGUUUGGCUGGGUACCUUCAACACUGCUGAAGAAGCUGCCAGAGCCUACGACAGGGAGGCUCGCAAAAUACGCGGCAAGAAAGCCAAAGUUAACUUCCCCAACGAAGGCGACGACUGCUCUGCACCCGCGGUAGCUGCAAAUCACCGUGCACGGUCCAAAUUCCGCAGCCCCAAUCUCCCCCCUUCGUCGUGUCAGCCGUACACCCCCAACAUCCCCAAAACUCUGAAUUUUGGGUUUUCUGGUGAUUUGAACCAGGUCGGGUCUUACCACUCCGAUGGAUUUUACAUAACCCCUCCUGCGAACGCUAAUCGGAUUUUUAUGACACCGGAAGAGAACUUCGGCUCUUCUUCUGACGAGGCCUACCGUUCUUCGGCGACUCUGGUGGAUUGCAAUCUAGGAUCGACGGUUCCCUGUUCUGGGCAGGUGAAGGUGAAAGAGGAGGUAGAGAAGCGUGGUCAGGGAGUGAACAGGGAGCAGGCGAUUAUCGAAGUGGAUGACGAAGAGAACGAAGUGCUGAAACUCUCGAAGGAGCUGAUGGCGUACGAGUCCUUGAUGAAGUUCUACCAGCUCCCUUAUCUCGACGGGCAGUCGCCGCCUGCGCUGAACCCGGCUCAGGACGGCGCCACCAUUGAUCUCUGGAGCUUCGACGACGACGACGCAAGUCCUCCGGAAUCCUCGGUGCAUCUGUAAUCGCCGCCGUUCUUUCUUUCUUUUAAAAAAAAAAAAAAUUUAUUUCUGUUCUUGAUGGGUGUAAAUUGAAUGGGUCGGGGAAUCGGGUUGUUGCUUAUUAAUUUUGCUAGAUUUUGAUUAUGUUAGAUGUUUUGUUCUCUGCAUUUUAAUGUUAAAAUAAAAUUGUAUUUAGAUUGGAUUUUGCGGACGGUAUAAUCUAAUAAUUAUAGAAUUCUAUUAA